AUGGCGUCCAUGGAUGCCUUCGGAUCGCCCUUUGAGCCCAGCCGGAGCCCCAAAGGAUGCGCGGCGCCGGUGGGGCACAACACGGGGCUCAAUCCCAUAGCGGAGACCGUCGGCUGGCCGGGGGUCUUCCCAGUGCCUGAGAAUGGCACUGCCGCAGCACCAGCUCCAGCCGUACCCGGGGCCGCCGUCAUCGGCCUGUGGACUGCCGUAUUCGACUACGAUGCAGGUGCAGAGGAUGAGCUCAGUCUGCGCAAAGGGGACUUGGUAGAGGUCCUGUCCAAGGACUCGCUCGUCUCCGGGGAUGAGGGCUGGUGGACGGGCAUGAUUGAGGACCGCGUCGGUGUUUUCCCCUGCAACUAUGUGAGCAGCAGUAAUGGCAUUUCGGAGAAACUCCGGGACGCUACUUCCGAGGAUUACUCCCAGUGUACUGUGCCACCACUUCAAGUGCUGGACAUCGACUUCUCGGAGCUGACGCUGGAGGAGAUCAUCGGCGCGGGCGGCUUCGGCAAGGUCUACCGGGCGCAGUGGCGCGGCAUGGAGGUGGCGGUGAAGGCGGCGCGGCGCGACCCCGACGAGGACGCGGCGGCGACGCUGGAGAGCGUGCGACAGGAGGCGCGGCUCUUCACCAUGCUGCGGCACCCCAACGUCAUGGCCCUGCUGGGCGUCUGCCUCACCGAGCCGCACCUCUGCCUGGUCAUGGAGUACGCGCGCGGCGGGCCCCUGAACCGGGCGCUGGCCGGCAAGCGCAUCCCGCCGCACACGCUGGUGGACUGGGCCGUGCAGGUGGCGCGCGCCAUGCUCUACCUGCACUGCCAGGCGCUGGUGCCCGUCAUACACCGCGACCUCAAGUCCAGCAACAUCCUGAUACUGGAGAAGGUGGAGAACGAGGACCUGAGCAACAAGACGCUGAAGAUCACAGACUUUGGGCUGGCGCGCGAGUGGCACCGCACCACCAAGAUGAGCGCGGCGGGCACCUACGCCUGGAUGGCCCCCGAAGUCAUACGCUCAUCCACCUUCUCUAAAGGCAGCGACGUCUGGAGCUACGGUGUGUUGCUAUGGGAACUGUUGACUGGUGAGGUUCCGUUCCGAGGCAUUGACGGUCUGGCCGUGGCAUAUGGUGUGGCGAUGAACAAGCUGGCACUGCCCAUCCCAUCCACCUGCCCCGAGCCCUUCGCCCGCCUCUUAGAAGACUGCUGGAACCCAGACCCCCACGCACGGCCGGCCUUCCCCACCAUCCUGGACCAGCUGACGGCCAUCGGAGAGUCGGGCUUCUUCGAGAUGCCGGCCGACUCCUUCCACUCGCUUCAGGACGACUGGAAGCUGGAGAUCCAGGAGAUGUUCGACCAGCUCAGAGCCAAAGAGAAGGAGCUGCGCUCGUGGGAGGAGGAGUUGAGCCGGGCGGCACUGGCGCAGAAGUGUCAGGAGGAGGCGCUGCGGCGUCGCGAGCAGGAGCUGGCGGAGCGGGAGAUCCACAUCCUGGAGCGCGAGCUGCACGUCAUCAUCAGCCAGCUGUACCAGGAGCAGCAGCGGCCGCGCGUCGAGCAGCGACACGGAAAGUUCCGCCGCAGCCGCCUCAAGCUGCGCACCGGGGACGGCAACCGCAUCAGCCUGCCCUCAGAUUUCCAGCAUAAGAUCACUGUUCAGGCAUCCCCCACUGUGGAUCGGAGGCGGAGCAUCUUGGGCAGCAACUCAACCCCCCCAACCAGCCCCCCCAUCCUGCCUCGCCUCAGAGCCAUACAGCUGACCCCAGGCGACAGCAACAAGGUGUGGGGACGCAACGCAGCCCUCAUACAGGAGGAGGAGGAGGAGGAGGAGAGGAAGGGAUCCAGAAAGAAGGGACGCACGCGUGGCUCCGGACCCCUCCGGGAACACAGCGCUGACGAGAGUACCAAGACUCAGAAGGAGGUGGGUGGCAGCAGGCAGAGGUCGUGUAGUGCCCCAAACCUGCGCCGCUCCCCGCGCCACAGCCCAGCCGUGCCAGGGGUACCCAGCCUGGCAGAGACAGAAAACGAAGACUGCUGCUUCCUCAACGACUCCCCCGGGGCUGGUACGUCUCCCAGCCAGACCUACCUCUGCAUCCCGUUCCACCGCGACAACUCCACUACCAUGGCAACCGCCUCCUCCGAGGGCCACGGAACCGGAAGCUCAGACCUGGGGGUGUGCAGCCCCGUGCGGGAGGGGGUAACCUGCUCCUCCGUUUCGUCCUCCUCAGGGGGCCGCCACCCCAGCCCCGGUGUGGGCCGCCGCUCGGACCUCAUGCUGCUGGGCUGUGGGGCCAUCCUGGCCGCCGUGGGCCUGGGCUUCAACCUGCUGGAUCUCUGCUCCACACCCAGCGCCGGGCCCUCGCAGGCCCCCGGGGAGGGCGCUGCCACUGGGGGAGGGAAGGCUCGCUGGGAGGGUCUAUUUCACCGCGGUGGUGGAGGUGGUGGAGGAGGAGGCAACCGGCGGAGCACGAGUCCCCCCACCCGCAAGCUCUUCAAGCGGGAGAGUCCCUUACGUAGCGUCGCUACUCCGCCGCCACCUCCACCUCCGCUGGCCGCCAUCCCUCCGUCCCUCACGCUCCUCUCCCUCUCCUCCGUGUCGGACUGCAACUCUACACGCUCCCUCCUGCGCUCGGACAGUGAGGAGCUGCUGGUGUAUCGGCCGGCGACCCCACCUGCACCUCCUCCGACGCUGCCUCCUCCCAAGCUUCCACCUCCGCGCUCCCCACCAGCUGCCCCCUCCCCUCCUGCCCCACCGAUGGUGCUCUCGCCACCUGCCCUCACCAGCCCCCCGCCUCUCAACCCGCUGGUCAACACGCACCUGGAGAGCUUCAAGAAGAACCCACGCCAGUCACUGACGCCCACGCAUGUGCCUGUGAGCGUGCACGCCACCCGCGGGCUGCACCGGACUCCCUCCGAUGGGGCGCUCAAGAAGAGGUGCCCACCCUCUUCAGCUGCCAACAACAACAACGGCUUCCAUGCAGCACAGGGGAAGGCUGAUAAUGCAGUGUUCGGUGGCCAGUGGUGCAUGAGAGAGGACAUGUCGGAGGUGCCUCGGUUGCCUGACCCCAACCUUGUCUACCCCCCUACCCCCCGUCGUCGUUGCCAACCAGAACGGCCCAAGACGCUCGAUUUCCUGGUUAGGCCCCGCCCCUCCCCACGGAUUCGCAGCGAGGUGCCGCCGUGGGGCGACUCUCCUGGCGGGGGGAGGUGCCGGGGAGACUCUCCAAGCCACACCUCCAGCACAGAGACCCCGCCCACCGUGGAGUUUGAAGACCCCGUCCACCGUGGAGUUCCUCCAACCCCUGGCUCUCCAUGGGUGAAUGACAGCCUGCUGGACCAACGGGACGAGGGCCAGUGCCGGGAUGGGACCAUCCCACUCUGUAGACCAGAGAAGUCAUUGGCUAGAGACUCACCGUACCGUGUACGGCCAGGCUUCUGGUCAUAACUGUUCUUCACUAGGAACCUGAUUAAAUAAGUACUGCUUAAAGAAUUCUGUAUCACGGAGCACGUUUAGAUCUUUCUAGUCCAGAAGAGGAGUACUAGAGAGAGAGAGAGACGGACAGACAAAGAGAAAGAUAGAAUCACCAUUUUGAAUGCAACCCUCCACUGAAAGUAUUUCUUAUGCCUUUAAAUCUGUUGGGAUGGACUGACCAAGAAACAGGUGUUUCUUUUUUGUUGUU